GUAGCAGCUCUCUGAUCGGGAGCCACACCAUCCUUCAGCUUCUUCUUCGUCUCUUUUAUUUUGGGUUUUUUUUGGGUUUUACCAUUAAGGCUUAAAAAAGAAAAAGAAACAAAAGAAGAAGAGGGAGAGCUCGAGUAUUGUCGUGUUUUUUUUCCCCCCCGUUUCUUUAUGUGGACAAUGUGCGAGUCGCUGCUGGCGAGCCCACACAGUCCGUGCAUGUGUGUGUCCCUGCUGCUGGGCUACACAUGCUAAGCUAAGCUAAGCUAGCUUCUCACUCGGCGCCUAGCUAACGUUAGCCUCGCGUAGCCGCCGCGUCCAUUGACUCGCGGAGGGGGGAGAGAGACGGAACAGCAGCGAAUGUAAAAGCGGAGGGUUUCGAGGUUUUGUGUGUUUAUGACAACAAACCCGUCGCUGCUCAACAAUCGUCGCCGUCGGCCCGAGGUACGAAGUGUUGUAUGGUUCGUCGCGGAAAAUACUUUGCGCGCUAGCUAACAGAGGGGCUAGCUAUUUGUGUGUCUUCUUCUUCUUCUUCGAACCGAGGGGAGAGAACGGGCGAGUUUUUCUUUUAAAGUAAUGGAUGAUCAGACCAGGAUGCUGUCGAGUCUCGCCGGACUCGGUGGACUAGCACAAGGCGACGUCGGGGACCCGGACUCGGUCAGGAAGCAGCAGAGCCUGGGUCAGCCCCAGCAGGACAUCGGGGAUAUCCUCCAGCAGAUCAUGGCCAUCACCGACGAGAGCCUGGACGAAGCGCAGGCCAGGAAGCAUGCCCUGAACUGUCACAGAAUGAAGCCAGCCCUCUUCAGCGUUCUCUGUGAGAUCAAAGAGAAGACGGUGCUGAGUAUACGAGGCGUGCAGGAGGAGGACCCUCCAGAUCCCCAGAUCAUGCGGUUGGACAACAUGCUGCUGGCAGAAGGGGUGUCAGGACCGGAGAAGGGAGGAGGAUCGGCCGCAGCGGCUGCAGCUGCAGCAGCAGCAGGGGGCUCACCUACCGACAGCAGCAUAGAACACUCCGACUACAGAGCCAAGCUCGCCCAGAUCCGCCAGAUAUACCAUUCUGAGCUGGAGAAGUAUGAGCAGGCCUGCAGUGAGUUCACCAACCAUGUAAUGAACCUGCUGAGAGAGCAGUCUCGCACACGGCCCAUCUCUCCCAAGGAGAUUGAGCGCAUGGUGGCCAUCAUCCACCGCAAGUUCAGCUCCAUUCAGAUGCAGCUGAAGCAGAGCACCUGCGAGGCCGUCAUGAUCCUGCGCUCACGUUUCCUAGACGCCAGACGUAAGAGGCGCAACUUCAACAAGCAAGCCACAGAGGUGCUGAACGAGUAUUUCUACUCCCACCUGUCUAACCCUUACCCCAGUGAGGAAGCCAAGGAGGAGCUGGCCAAAAAGUGUGCGAUCACUGUGUCUCAGGUUUCUAACUGGUUUGGCAACAAGAGAAUACGCUACAAGAAGAACAUCGGUAAGUUCCAGGAGGAGGCAAACCUCUACGCAGUUAAAACGGCGGUGGAUGCUGCCAAUGUGUCGGCGCAGGCUAGCCAGGCUAACUCCCCAGCAACGCCCAACUCAGGGUCACCAGGGUCAUACAGUUUGUCUCACGCAGGCGACGCCUACCUCAGUCUGCGUUCACUCAACGGGGAGGGUCUCAACAUCGCCCCCUCUCUACAGUCGCAGGUGGAUACCCUGCACCGUGCUACACACCUGACGGGCGGCUAUGAGGAGCUGUCGGGUAGUGGCCUCUACACCCCCCAUCACCUGGAUGCUAACAGCUGGCAGGACACCACCACCCCCCCCUCGGUCACCUCCCCUCCCGGUCCUCCUGGCAGCGUCCACUCCGACACCUCCAACUGAUCCGGUGGCUCCUCCCUCUGCCGUCACCUCACUCCCACCGUGGUCCGCUCUGCCCCCCCCCCCACUGCUCUUCAACACUCCCUCGUCUCUCAAGUAAACAAACAGUCUCUCACCGGCCUGUUUUUUUUGCAUUUCAUAAACACGCACUGUGCUGGAACACAGGACAGCCGACCCGCCGUCGGGGUUCACGGCUCCACUCCAGCGCUCCGACACUCCGUGACUCCGCCCCCGCUCGAGGCACGGAGCUCCAAACAUCUCCGCCAUCACAGACUUUUUGAAAAAAACCACUGACCCAGCCGUGUAGAUGAUCAUGAUGUCUGUACAUAAUGUGUAUGUGCACGUUAGCUCCACACAGGACUCACACAGCUCGUCCACGUGACCUCUGACCUCUGCACUCCAUUCCUUUGCUUUGGGAAACUGUGUGUGAUUGCCUGUAUCUCUUGAAGCCUUGGCGUUUGCAGCCGACCCGUGGAUACAGUGGAUCACCAGGGGGCGCUGCUCACCUGGCUCGUACCAAAGUGCUGCCUCAGCAGUCGUCAACACAUCGGUUCCUCCGGGAUCGACCUCCGCCGACACCAGACGCCACCGCCGCAUCUCCCCGGGUUCCUCCUAGGUUGAUAUUUCAUUCUGUUGGAGAUUUCAAAGUGAAUCACGGAUCCACGUGCAGAAGGUGCAUGCAAAACCCCCCCCCUCAUCCAUACCACACACACACAGCAACACAACUUUUCAGUCGUUUUCAUAGUGAGCUGACAUUAAUAAAAAAAAAAAAGAAGUGUCAAGCACAAACGUUAGCAUCCUUGUUCUGGGCGUGUCUACCUGAAGAGAGGUAGUGAAGGGAUCACUGUUCUCAACCAGGCAGGACAGGGGAUGAGAGGAUGAGAGGAUGAGAGAGGAGAAGAACUCUGGUGGAGUGGAUGUAACUAAUAGCCCUUUUUGUUGCUAACCAAUAGAGGGCAGAGUUGGUAGACGGCUUGUAGACUUUACUUCUUGCUUUCUGUCCACUAGUUAUUUUGAUUGUAGGCUAUUUUCUAAUGCUGUUUCACCAAGAAUGCACCAGCCACCACCAAAAAUGAGCUCAAUAAAGCAUCAGGACGACG